ACAAACAGCAGCAGUUCCAGUUUCAGUCGCAGCACUCGCCCCCGCACUCUACCUUUUUCAAAAAAAAAAAAAAGCCGCUCUUCUCCUCGAUUUAGUAAAUAAUGCGAGAGCUAUAGAAAGAGAGAAGAGAAAGAGAGAUCGAGAGAAAUGGAAAAAGCAACAGCAACCUCAACAUCGUGCCCUUCAACACCUCGCUGGAAUAUUGACAGACCUUUCCUCACCGGCCGUUUCCACCAGGAAACGAAAGGAACUUCGCGGCUCGCUGAUACCAAGGGAUUUUCUAUGGAUUUAUCUAGCCAUGGUUUGGAGAGACCCAUUGGCUAUUACAAUGCUGCUGUUCAGGAACUUAUCGUCAUUGACGACCUCUUGUCUGCUAUGGUUGGAAUUGAAGGACGAUAUAUUUCAAUUAGAAGAGUACGUGGAAAGGAGGAUCAUAUCUCUUUCCAGGUCGAUGCUUCCAUGGACUUGGCAAUCCAGGAACUGGCAAAAAGGAUGUUCCCUUUGUGUGAGAGCUAUCUGUUGAUUGACCAGUUUGUCGAGUCCAGAUCACAAUUCAAGAAUGGUUUAGUUAAUCAUGCCUUUGCUGCUGCGCUUAAGGCACUUCUUCUAGAUUAUCAGGCCAUGGUCGCACAGCUUGAACACCAAUUUCGACUUGGAAGACUUUCCAUACAAGGAUUGUGGUUUUACUGUCAGCCCAUGAUGGGUUCAAUGCAAGCUUUAUCCAUUGUGACACAGAAGGCUUCAGCAAAUAAUUUUACCGGUUCGUCUGUCCUUAACCUCCUGCAGAGUCAGGCUAAGGCAAUGGCUGGUGAUAAUGCAGUGAGAUCACUGCUAGAAAAGAUGACGCAAUGUGCAAGCAAUGCAUACCUAAGCAUAUUAGAGAGGUGGGUCUAUGAAGGAGUGAUUGAUGAUCCAUAUGGUGAAUUUUUCAUUGCUGAGAACAAAUCUCUUCAAAAGGAGAGCCUCACACAAGAUUAUGAUGCCAAAUAUUGGCGGCAACGUUACAGCCUUAAGGAAGGAAUUCCUAGCUUCCUUGCAAAUAUUGCUGGGACAAUUUUGACCACAGGAAAAUACUUGAAUGUCAUGAGAGAAUGUGGACACAAUGUCCAGGUCCCUGCCUCAGAAAAUUAUAAACUAACGAUCUUUGGCUCAAACCAUCAUUAUCUAGAGUGUAUAAAAGCUGCUUAUGACUUUGCCAGCGGCGAGCUCUUAAAUCUCAUUAAAGAAAAGUAUGAUCUAAUGGGAAAGCUGCGGUCUAUUAAGCACUACCUUCUUCUUGAUCAGGGUGACUUUUUGGUGCAUUUUAUGGAUAUAGCUCGGGAUGAGCUCACAAAAAAGUUUGAUGAGAUUUCAGUGGAGAAGUUACAGUCGCUGUUAGACCUUGCUCUGCGCACUACAGCAGCUGCAGUAGAUCCAUGUCAUGAGGACUUGACAUGCUGUGUGGAAAGAUCAUCCUUGCUUAAAAGAUUGAGCACCCUGAAAGAUCUUGAAGUGAGGACUGUUUCCGAUGGUAAUGAUCUAGCAGAGCCACUGAACAUUACUGGUCUUGAGACAUUUUCAUUGAGUUACAAGGUUGAAUGGCCAUUAUCUAUUGUUAUCUCAAGAAAAGCCCUGGCAAAAUACCAGUUGAUUUUCCGCUUUCUGUUUCGCUGUAAACAUGUAGACCGCCAGCUUUGCGGAGCUUGGCAAGUGCAUCAAGGAGUUCGUGCACUUAAUAUGCGUGGAACCGCCAUCUCUAGAUCAUCUCUAAUCUGUCGCAGUAUGCUGAAAUUCAUUAACAGCCUUCUUCACUAUCUAACAUUUGAGGUUCUUGAACCUAACUGGCAUGUGAUGCACAAUAGACUUCAGACAGCCAAAAGCAUAGAUGAGGUUAUUCAAUAUCAUGAUCUUUUCCUCGACAAGUGCCUGAGAGAAUGUCUGCUUCUUUUACCUGAACUGCUCAAGAAGGUGGAGAGGCUGCAAUCCCUAUGCUUGCAGUAUGCAGCUGCAACUCAGUGGUUGAUAUCAUCUUCCAUCAGCAUUCCAAAGCUAGAGGAACAUUCCAAAUCAAGCCGCCCAUCUCGCAUGCUAACAAUGACAACUGAAAACGCAAGUGUCACUGAUUCUAUACUCAAAUUUGAGAGGGAAUUCAAUGCUGAGCUUCAGAGUCUGGGACCAAUCUUGAGCAAUAGUUCCCAAGCAGAGCCAUAUUUGACUCAUCUUGCGCAGUGGAUUCUUGGAGUUGGACAUGACCAAUAAGUUUUGGUACCUGUUCUGUUAAAUUGUAGCUUACCGAGGUGUGAAUAUGUUGGCUGUUUAUUUGCUUUCUUGCAGAGUGCUUCUGUGUCUUUUUUCUUGAAAAAGGAGAAAUAAAUGACAAAUGAACCCAAUAUUACGGUGGCCCGAGAUAUUUUUAGGCUUUAGCUUGGAUUCAGUGUUUUGGAGUUAAAUGUAUGUGAUGGUAUAUGUUAACAAGCUCAAUGUCUUGCUGAUGCUAUAUGUAUAUUUUUUAUCUAUUAAUUUACACAUGGGGUUGAAUUUUA